GAAUCAACAUGUGAAUUCUUCAACCUCGUUAAUGUAAUAGCUGGUGAAAUCCGUGAGAUUCGCGAGCAGAGCCAAGGUAUCGGACAGCGAAUUCGCCGACCAGCCAGUGGGGAAUUUAUUGAUGACUUCGAACGACCCAUGGUGUUCAUCGUGUCCUUAAUCCCAUCUGUUCACGCUGCGCGCUGUGGAAUCUGGUAUUUCGAAAUCGGUGCUGGUGUCAACGCAAUUGUAUGGCAUUCAGUGUCCGAAGAUAUGCUGUUAGUUGGAUAUAUUCUCAUGCUUUUCAGACAAGAUAUCAGCUCUCACGGCUGUAUGGUGUUUCCAGCUGCGUGUUUAGCCAUGUCAACAUCUGCGAUCACAGACUAUGACUGAUUGCCUGACAGGACAGACAGGAUGACAGAACCACACCGCUCAUA